AUGGGCAGCUGGCAAAGCCUAGCGCCCAUGCCCACUGCCAGGAGCCAUUGUGCCGCAGUGGUCGCCUUUGACAAAUUGUUGGUGGCUGGCGGCCAAGACCACGGCCCACUCAACCUGGUAGAAGCGCUGGACAUAGGCGAGUCACGGUGGAGCGAAUGGGCACCAUUGCCGGAGCACCUCAGUGACUGUGGGGCGGUCUUGGUCCAAGACUUUGCCACGCUGGUUCUUGUUGGCUGCGGUCCUGAUGGCAAGACGCGCUUUCUGACUUGGCGGCAGGGUGCCGCCGCCUGGGCGCCGUUUUCUCCACCUCCCGGCCGCGAGAGUCGCACGCUGCCGGCCCUGGCAGCGACGAACCGCUGCCUGUUCGUCAUUGGAGGCAUGCUCCCCCACGAGGACGCAGACGUGGGCUUCGUGGACGUCUUCAACUUCGCCGAGGGCAGCUGGCGCGCUUUGCCCAACCUCCCGCGGCCCAGGCGCCAGGCCUUGGCGGCCUGCGCCCAGGGGAAGGUCUACGUGCUCGGAGGCCUGGCAGCCGGCCCGGUGGAGUAUGUGGACUGCUUCGACUUGCGGCGGAGCGAGUGGUCCCAGCUGCCGGACCUGCCAGACGCCUUCGCCGCGAAUGCGGCGGCGGUGUCGGUGCGCAGCGCGGGCCCUUAG